AUGCAACCAAACUCCUCGUCGUUUCACCAUCACUUUACGUAUGUUUUUAUCAGAUUUCACCGAGAAUCUGGAAUUUCAUCCCCCGACACUUUAUCUUUUGCUGGGUUUCAGCUGUGACACCACGCGAUACUCUGAAGAGCAGAUCGCUUGUAUCCUUGAGGCACUAACCAGUGGAACCAAUGAGAUCAGGAAGUUGGUGGGUUUUUCUUGGGAGAGACCGUACUACAGUUUAAUGGAUUACAGUCGCAGUUUGUGUGGAUUACGAUGGAAAGAGAAGAGAUGCGCAGCAAUCAGUACAUCCUGAAAGCGCAGGCGUUUCUCGCAUUUCACUCGAACAACUACAAGGUAACUCUGAAAAACGGGCACCCAAUCGGAUCCAUUCCUUAGGAACUGUACCGAAUCAUUGAAACGCAUCAUUUCGCGUCGGAGCAUCAUCCGUCGCUUCAAGAGUGGUGGCUCAAUGCUCAUUAUCACGAGGCGGAAAAGAUUCGUGGUCGGCAGUUGGGCGCCGUCGGAAAGUACCGAAUCAGAAGGAAGUACCCGCUGCCGAGGACAAUUUGGGACGGCGAAGAGACGAGUUAUUGCUUCAGAGUGCGUGAGCAUCUACGGUUUGCAGAAAAUCGCUUCGAGCUAUUUGCAGGACAAGUCGAGAGUUUUGCUGCGUGAGUGGUAUAUUCGCAAUUCGUAUCCGAGUCCGCGAGAGAAAAGGGAUCUUGCCGAAAAGACGCAUCUGACGGUGACCCAGGUGUCCAAUUGGUUCAAGAAUCGGAGGCAACGGGACAGAGCAGGAGUGCCCGACGGCAAGUGAGUAUCAUUCGAAACUAUUCAUCUUAGCUAUUAUGGGGUCAUUUCUCUGCAAUCUGUUCCUUAUCUGGCCUAAUUUUUCAGUUUUUUUAUUCGUUUUUCUUCACUGGAAUUUCUUGAUUGUAGUUUGGACUGCAAAAAGUGUUUCUCAACAGAGCGCGAUUGCAGUGAAAGGUCAUACCUGUUAUCAAAAAGUGACCAGCUGAUAAAUUGUUCACAAAAACUUCUGAGCGAAAUAUUAGCAUUUGGUUCUUUUUCUAUUUAUUUAAUCAGGUUCAAAAAUAGGUAACAGAGACUAGCUUUCUAAUCCUUUGUCUCGUAUGUAUCAUCUUGAAUAAACAGUAUCCGGUGUUCGUCUCCAAAUCCAUCGCAACUUUCAAACCCUGAAUCUGAUUUUGAAGUUUUUGAAGAGCUCUUGUAGAAUAACACGUUUAGCAUAAACUUAAAGCGCAUUUAGACGACUUUUAGAAGUGUUAGCCCUGAAAACGGAAUUUGCAGAGAUUCGCUCAAAGACCUAGGAUGCAGCGAGGAAGAAGACCUGAAACUGAUCCGUAAAACCGCUUCCAAACUGUCGACUUUUCAUUCGCCGACCGAUUUGACCUCGUACUCGGCAGCCGCGCUUCCGGGCUUCUACGUGAACUACAAUGAAAUGAUCGGCACCGGAACCGCAGCCACUUCUUAUCAGUCUUUAUAA